AUGGCGGGUGACUUUGAUUUAUCUUCUAAUUCAUCGUCGAAUUCUUCAUCUCCAUUUCGUUCCCCUGCAGCAUCAACGUCAUCAUCACGAUCAGUGAUAACCAAAAAAGUAAAAACACAAAUUAGAUAUAGGUCUUACAGUGCUAGAUAUAAGCGUAAAAGGGUUCAAAAAGAACUUAAUUCCCAAAUUGAUAUUCAAACUAAAUGUGGGACGGCACCACCGAUCCCUCAUUUGUCAUCAGAAUCCGACGAGUUGUCAUCAGAUGAUGAUUUCUAUAGCUGUGUUGAUGUUGAAUCGAGCGCAUCAUUUCAAGACUUUUACGAUUCUGGUAGACUUAGUGAUUUUACCCCUGAUUCGUCAGAUACUGAUGAUGUGGAUUUUGAUGAUGAGGAUUUUUUAGUACGAAAUAUUUUAUUGAGACAUUAUGAAGACGGUAGUGGGAAACAGGAAAUUUUUGACGACAAUGAUGUUGGAAAUGAUGAGCGUCCUACAUUUAGGCAGCUGUUCUCUGUUUGGGUAACUAUUUGGGGAAUUUGUCAAAAUGCUGUCGAUGAUCUACUGUCUCUAUUUAGAAGUCAGUCUUGGGGAUUAGAUUUACCUAAAACGUGUCGGUCCCUUUUAAAAACUCCGCGUUCUGUCAAUGUAAAAGAUAUACCGCCUGGGAAAUAUCAUCAUUUCGGAAUUCUGAAUGGAAUAAUACGCAUACUAAAUUUAAUUUCAGAAUCAGACAUUCCAUUUGAGAUCUUUAUUUUUGUCAACGUAGACGGCCUUCCAAUCGCAAAAAGUAGUGGGAGCCAAUUGUGGCCAAUCCUAGCUAUGAUUUCAAAUAUUCACUUUCGACAAGUGUUUUGCGUUGGGCUUUUUCAUGGUAGUGAAAAACCGCAUUUCUCGUGUGAAUAUCUUGCCGAUUUCAUAUCUGAGGCACUUAAUCUAUGUAAUAAUGGUUUUACGUACAAAGAUCGCCCUCAUAUUUUAAAAAUUGAUGGUUUCAUAUGCGAUGCUCCUGCUCGGUCCUUCAUUUUGGGGGUUAAAAGUCAUUCUGGUUACUUUGGUUGCACGAGAUGCAUACAACAGGGAGAAUAUCUUGGCAGGGUUGUCUUUUUAGAGCGUGACUCUCCUGCGAGAACGGAUCAAUCGUUUCGGAAUCGCCAACAUGAAGAUCAUCAUGUCGGCGAUUCCAUUCUUGAAAGACUUGAUAUCGACAUGGUAAAGGAUAUCCCCCUUGACCCUAUGCACUUAGUAAAACUUGGUGUUAGUAGAAAAUUACUCUUGACUUGGAUUCGUGGCCCAUUACAGCACAGACUGCUCAAGUCGCAAGUUUUAGUGUUGUCAUCUCGAUUAGAGGAUUUACGAGAUUAUGUCCCAAAAGAAUAUCCGAGAAAAACCAGGUCAUUAAAAUUUGUUGAUCGAAUGAAGGCAACGGAACAUGGAUUUGUUCAUUCUUGUGUCGGUCCCGUAAUUUUUAUGGAUAUUUUGCCCCCUCGCGUUUUUAAUAAUUUCUUGGUUUUUCAUGUGGCUAUUACUAUUCUUUCAUAUCAAGAAUUUUGCCAUACCCAGAAUGAUUACGCACGGGAUUUAUUAAAAUUUUUCGUGGAAGAAGCUGAAGAAAUCUACGGGUCAGAAUUUUUGUCUUAUAAUGUACACAGCCUCAUACACCUUCCCGAUGACGUUUUGCGUUACGGCUCACUCCCAAAUUUUUCUGCAUUUCCAUUUGAGAAUUAUAUGCAGACUUUGAAAAAACUAAUAAGAAAGAGUGACAAGCCCUUACAACAGAUAGCGAAGCGUUUGGUAGAGUUGGGAAAUUUUGACUUUUCCAAAAACAAGAAGGAAGUGUCAGUUCACAAUCGUGUUUUCCGUUUCGAGCAUGACAAAGGCCCCUUACUGCCCGGUCUCCGCUUCCGUUCAAUAAUCCAGUACAGGGAAUUGAGGGUGGGUCCAUGGCAUUUGACUUGUAAAAUUCCGAAUUCAUGUAUCUAUCUGAAGGUUAUGACUGUCUUUUGCAUAGAAAACAUUAUUAAAACAGAGAACAACUCUUUAUUUAUUGGUCGGCGAUUCAAUCAAACAAGUGAUCUCUACUCUUAUCCUAUUAGAUUUUCUUGUUACCACAUCUAUUCUGUAAGUCUUUUAUCUGAUCGCUUAGAGGCCUUGCCAAUAGAUUUGUUUCAAGUAAAAGCUGUUCAACUUCCUAUUCCUUCACGAAAUGGAUCUUUUGCAGUAUUUCCUUUGCAUUUUGAAAAUCACCAUUAAGUUUAAUGAAUUAAUGUAGUAUUUUGUAAAUUUUUUGAAACCUUUUUUAGCCUAAAUUUGCAAUUGUCGAGGAAAUCACUGAAGAUGUUGAUGAUGUUGACAAGUGGGUGGAAGUUGUAUGUGAGAGUUGGUUUGAUGGUGAAUACUGUUUAUUUCCUCCGAAAAGCAAAGAAAAAUAUAUUACGACUUAUGUAAAAACAUGUCAUCAACCAGACUCAAGUUGGGUCAAAUAUCCUGCAAAAUUAAUCAAAACAUAUGCAUCUUACGAUGAAGCAAGACAAAAACUCAAUAAAGCAGUUAAGGGGGAUGAUCUGUGUACAACCGACGCAGAUGAAAGGAAAAAAACCAGAAAAUCGCGAAUGUCAAAAUUUUCCCGAGAAGAUAAAAAUGAAGAUGAUGACAUGGCAAUCAAUCGUUCAAAGAAAACAUCUUUUAAAAGAAUUCGGCAAUUCCCGGCUAGUGGCAGCGAAGACGAAAUGGCGAAUUCUCCUGUUCCGCCAAAACCACCAGCAAUUGCAUUAGCCAAUACCAAGCUUUCCUCACAAAGCAAUCUACAAUCUCAACGUUCUUGCAUCAAAAGAACAAAAAGUUUGCCAUCAAACAGUAAGAAGCCAACCAGAAAUGAGAAUGUGAGAUGCUUUCCUGAAAAGCAAACAGGUUUGCGAGAUACAACUAGCAAGCCAAAUGACUCGUUUAAAGACGACAGCGACAUACUUUCGUUUUCAGAUCGAACUCAUCAUUUUUCCACCCGAUAUCGUCCUGUAAAUUACGGGUAUUCUGUUCCAGAAUUUGGAGAUGAAGGCGAAUUUCAGUCAAAGGACACUGAUUUGAACCAGUCAAACAGUAAAAAUCCAGCAAACACCAGAAUUAAUCAUGCGAGACAUGGAUCUGAAAAGCAUAGUUUGCAACCUAAUACGUCCAGCAACAGCAUUGACACAAUUGAAGAUGAUGGUAAUAUUUCCAAAAAUAUUCAAUUACCGUUUUCAGGCCAAGCUGUGCAUUUUUCUACUAGACAUCGUCCAGUAAAUUACGGUUACUCUGUUCCAUCAUUAAGCGAUGAAGAAGACUCUACGGACACUUGGACUUCUGCUACGGAACCUGAGAAAGCAAAAACCAAAUCGUUUCAUGAAAGUGACACCAAUCAUUCAGUUACUAAAGCAAAAUUAGCGCUGUCAUCAACAAGU